UUCUUUCGGAUUUCACUGACUGCGCGAUGAUUGUAGUUGGAAAGCCACGUCUCAAAGUCAGGUGCACAGAUAUGGGUAACCUAAAUAGAUAGGUGAAUGCUUGUGGUUUUUGGGUGCAGCGUGUUUUAGCCUAACUCGUGCUGUGCGAUAUGGCGGGUGGCUUUAUCGCCUCCACUCCUUUGCAUCUCACAAUACCACAAAAGACAGCGGCUCGCUAGCGUCACUGCAACUUCCUCUUUUUGUAACAUUCGCUACUGUCUCGUUGACCGGCUGGGUUUACAGUAUUAUUUUUUAUUAGUCCGAUUUGAAGAAUCCAAAUUCAACGAGAGGCAGUGUCACAUUGUUUGCCUGCUGUUGGGAACAAAGCUAAGGGCGAAUCAACGAUACAGAAUCGCUGUUGAACUCAGUUCAAUAAGGUUAACUUUAACCACAUUAGGUUAGCACAAAUGUGUGUGAAGACAGAAGACUCUCCGGUUUCUGCAUCAGAGGACAGGGGGCACCAGGACUUGAAGCCAGACUGGGAGACUGAUGCAUUGCUGGACCAAUCAGAAGAUGGACUAACCAUCAAAAAUCUCAUUGACCUUCACCUCCCUGUUAUCACCCACCUGUCGGGGCCCCUGGAUGCCCCCGGGCCAGCAGGCGUGAUGCCGGGCGGCAAGCAGUGUGGUAGGAACCCUCUGUGGUGCCUCUUGUCACCCUUUCGCACCCAGCAGGAGCGAGUGGUGCUGGCCCGCAGCGAGAGCCUGCCAGGGGAGCAGGUGCUGAAGAUCACAGUCACAGAGACUACUGUGAUUGAGGCGGAGUCGGGGGUGUGGAACUGGCGCUCCAUGACCUAUCUGGGCCUGUGGUACUUCUUCAGCUUCUGCACCCUGUUCCUCAACAAGUACAUCCUGUCACUGCUGGAGGGAGAGCCGAGCAUGUUGGGUGCAAUUCAGAUGCUCUCCACCACCGUCAUAGGCUUCCUAAAGAUGUUUGUGCCCUGUUGCCUGUACCAGCACAAGUCCAGAACUGAGUAUCCUUCCAACUUCAUCAUGAUCAUGCUGUUUGUUGGACUCAUGAGGUUCACCACCGUGGUUCUGGGCUUGGUGAGCCUGAAGAACGUGGCAGUGUCUUUUGCAGAGACCGUAAAGAGCUCAGCACCCAUUUUCACUGUCAUCAUGUCCAGGCUGAUCCUCGGGGAGUACACAGGGCUGUGGGUGAACCUGUCCCUGUUCCCCGUCAUGGCGGGCCUGGCCCUCUGCACAGCCACGGAGAUCAGCUUCAACAUGCUCGGCUUCUCCGCCGCUCUCUCCACCAACAUCAUGGACUGUUUGCAGAACGUAUUCUCCAAGAAACUGUUAAGUGGAGACACAUACAAGUUCAGCCCUCCAGAGCUACAGUUCUACACCAGCGCAGCAGCAGUCAUCAUGCUUAUACCUGCCUGGGUGUUUCUCUUGGACAUCCCAGUGAUCGGUAAGAGCGGGCGAAGCUUCAUCUUCAGUCAAGACAUCAUCCUGUUGCUGCUUUUUGACGGCUGCCUGUUCCACCUACAGAGUGUCACUGCGUACGCUCUCAUGGGACGCAUUUCCCCAGUAACUUUCAGUGUUGCCAGUACUGUCAAACACGCCCUGUCGGUCUGGCUGAGCAUCAUCGUGUUCAGUAACCAAAUCACUGUCCUCAGCGCCUUCGGCACUCUCCUCGUCUUCAUCGGAGUCUCCCUCUACAACAAGGCCAGGCAGUUUCAGAGGGCAAGCUUACAGGCCAUGGCUGCAGAGCAGAACCACAAACCACACCUGCAGGACCAGUACGUCCAAGCCUCUCAGUCACACUGAGGAUUCAGCUUUUAAGACUUAACAUGCUGCCUGAAAUGGGAUCAAGGAAUUAACUAAAUUCUGUUUUGCUUACAUGUGGCUGAACAUGCUGACUGAAUAUUUGUUUGUUCUUCACCCAGCAUACAUUCCGGUUAAAGAGGACCCACUCAUGUUUCCCAGGAUUGAUUUAGUGUCAUUGUCAUGAGCUUAAGGUAAACUUUGGUGACUGGCAUGGUACAAAUCAGCGUCUGUCUGGCAACUCAUCACUCGCCCUGUGCAAGUAUAGACAAUUUCUUUGUCCCUAAUCUGCAUACUCACAUUUGAAUUAUCCUUGAUCCUUCGAUUUGUCUAACAAUGGUCAGUAAAAGGGGAAGCUCAGGGUGUCCUUCAGCUUUUUGAAGGAAGUGACUUCUGUAAGCUCUUUUGUCUUACAUUUGCAUUCCAGAGUGUGCUGGUUUAACUCUCAUCUGUGGUACAGCAGCUGCUGAAUGUAUGCUAUUGUGAAUACCUGUAAAUCUUCGAGGCUGUAGGAUUUCAGCUCUGUGCUGGUGUAAUCUCCACUGUAUCGUACAUUGUAAAAGUUGAUCUUGAUUGCAUCUGAAUAUAAGAUGUGAAUAGAGCAUCAGUGCCUGUUAUCGGAGGCCUAUUAGAGGCUUGUCCAGCCAAAGCUUGGACGUGACGUUUGACACAUUUUUAAAUGAUGUUUGGAACAUUUGAAAGCCACAUACUGCAUUCUAGGAAUGCUCAUCCUCCAUCAAUACCUGUUGGGUGGUGUAUGUAGGGGUUUAUGUACAUGCAUUUUCUGUUUGUUUUUCUUUGUGAACCGACUCUCCCCUGAUGAAUGCCGGGAUAGCAGUCCUGAAUAGGAGAAAUGCUUUAGAGAAUCAUUUGCUGCUGUAGAUCACACAUUCUUAAUCUUAAGGAAAAACGGUUUAUGACAACCUGGGUUUUCAUUACUAUAGCUCAGGCCAUCAGCUCUAUCAGUCAUGUCCAACAGGUUUUACAAACUAACUGUUUGAAACAUCCAUCACAGUUUACAAACAGUAACAGUUCAACAGUAAACUACUGUACUUUGUUUGCUCUUGUGCAAUGAAUCAUCUGAUCUCUUGAACACAUCUGGUUUUGUUUAUAGUCUGACAAAUCACAAGCUUUAAUUGAAGGUAAAGAGUCGCUGUGGAGAGCAGAAGAGGUGGAACGCAUUGGCCAGAAAACAAUCUCUGAACCGAACGGCUAUCAACUGAAAACAAUUUAGCCUUUUAUAUAUGUAUAUUAUGGCUACUUGUGAAACAAUCUGGUCAUAGACGUCGUCUCUCAACUCCAACUCCAUUCUCACGUCUCAAGAUGUUAGUCUAACUGUAAACAAAGACCGGAAGGGGAAGUCUCAGCCCGGACAUCUGUUAUCCAGAUGUCCAAUGGCUACUGUGGAAGCGGCCCUCGCCCACAGAGACUAAAUUGCCGAUGGGUUAAAAUUAAACGAUGGGUCCUUGAGAUUGUUAGUGACAUUGCAAAUGCACUCACUUUGGUUUUCACCUCCAAAUAAGCAAAUUUGAAUUUUACAUUUUUAUUUCCCUGUUGGAUCUAGUUUUAGCCACGUGAUUAGCCGUGUUCCUUGAUCUCAGCUGAUUCCAGUGUUAUCACAAACGACAGAACAAGAGGCCUGAACAACCAAAAUAAACCCAGCUUGUAAUAAACCAGAGUUUUCCUAAAAAAAACAAAAGCUUCAUGUCACCUGCAUCACACCCCUGCUACUUUACACUGGUAGGAUUCAAUGUAAAAUCUAUGCCACUGGUCAAGGUGUCCUCCCUGUGUGGUUGUUGCUACUUAGAAACAUACAUUAGCUUAAUAAAUUAAUGAUGAGAGCUGCCACAACAUACAAGCAUUUUUUUGACUGCAUUGACAUCUUGCCAAAAUAAAUAAAAAGAAGCUGCAUGGUAACGUUUCUAGAAAUCCAUUUCUGAGUGUGCUGCUUUACUCAUACUGCCUCAAGUCUCCUACUCUACUGGUGUAGAGGGUCAGUGACUAACAAAGUCCAUCAGGUGUCUGAUAGGACAAAUCUGUUAAUCAUUUUUAACCCAACAAUCACUUCGGGUUGAGCAUUUUAGCAAAGCUCUACUUUUGCUGCAGUUUUUGUGCCCUGAAGAAGCAGUCUUUUUUUUUUUUUGCUCAUUUGAAUUCGACCAUCUGACUCAAGCACAUUGUUUUUGUUUAUUUCCUGUUUGCUUCUUGGUAAAGUGCAUAUAAAAACAGUUGUGUAUUGAAACCCUCGGAUAAACAUUUUUCCACUUCUCUUCCAUAUUAAGUCUUUAGAAUGCUGCUUCUUCAAGAGGCAAGUCCAAACAUGCCGAGUUAUGUCAUUGGGUGUGUUUUUAUCAUUCAAGUUUCAGAAGUGGCAAGUGGUGGAAUAGGGGAGGGCUAUUGUAUGUUUGUUUGGGAAUGUGCAAAUCAAAGAUGUAAAAAAUAUUCACUAAUGUAGCCCUUCAGUGAAUUGUAACGAUGUUUGUUGGACACUGUGCAGAAAAUAAAGUAUUUUCUCUUCAGCA